GGCAGCGCCGGCCAGAAUGGUGGUCGACUUUUUAACAACCUUGGACUUGUCUUUUAGCACAGGUUUUUUUUUUGGAAUAAUUUCGGGUGAAGCCAAACGAAACUCUCAAUAAUGUCGACACUGAACGAUAGCGAAGACAUCUACACAUCCAACUACGGCUCAGCAGAUCAAAAUGCAGGAUUAGCUGGCUCCUUCAAACCAUUCUCAUCGCCGUACUUAAAUUAUGACCCCGUCUACAUCCCCGCCUCGCAACCCGAAUACAUCUUCUUGGAUGGACAAAACAAGCAGAGGGGCAGAUUUGAGCUGGCCUUCGGGCAGAUCGGAGCUUCCUGCAUGAUUGGUGCUGGAAUAGGUGGAGUCACUGGAUUCUACAACGGACUUAAAGCCACAACACUUGCUGGACAGACCGGUGCAUUAAGAAGAACACAAAUGCUAAAUCAUAUUAUGAAAAAGGGAAGUUCCAACGCCAACACACUGGGUUCAAUUGCUGUCAUUUAUUCAGCCUUUGGUGUAAUCCUUUCAUGGGCAAGGGGAACAGACGAUGAUGUUAACACAAUCGUUGCAGCCACAGCGACUGGAGCUCUGUACAAAUCAACAGCUGGUCUGAGGAAGUGCGGCGUGGGCGCUGCCGCCGGUUUAGGUUUGUCCUGUUUAUACGCGCUCUGGAACUCCCGAGAGAAAUUAGCGGAAUUGAGGCAGUUCAAUCCAGCGCGAAGAUGACGACCGGACGACUAAAGUAAUUCCCCCGAACGAAACCGUAACUUUAGGGAAAGUGCAGUUUAUCAAAAAGAAAAAAAAAUUACAAUGCAUUACGAACGAACAAAAUAUCGAUACAUAUUUUCUACAAGAAUUGUACAAUUCGUUUUUUUUUUUAUCUUACUCUCGUUAUACUCGAGACAAUUUUUGUUUGUUUCUGUUUUCCAUUAAUAAAUUUUUGUUUUUCGUAACGUAACAUUUAAUAUCUGCAUGGAUUUCCAUUUCUUCGAAUGCUGCUGUUGUAAUGAAGGAUUUGUUUAAACAAUUUUCGAUUGCUAAUAAAAUGGUGCCAAAGAUAAA